CUUGUGCAGGGGGCGAUGACAGUAUUGGCAUUGAGACCCUGACCCUCUGUCCUCAAGAAGAGUGUGAUGUGAGCUAGUAUCGCGCCUUGAGUUAGGCGGGGAUGGGGGUGGAGAAGACGCCCGUGGAGCCAAUGGCUGUGUGGGGGGUGCUUUUGAAAGCGCCUGAAGUCUGUGCUGCAGGUUCAGUCCUGCUGGUUGGUGGCAGAAGUAGGAGUGAAUUAGGUGGAGCAUAGGCAGCGGAAGGAACAGGAGGAGCUACUGUCCUUUUUAAACAUCCUCCUAGACUCUGCCCUUAGCCACAAUCCAAAUUCCCAAGCCUUGGGUCAGCCAAACUGCCCCCUCCAUGUCCGCCCGGCAGGCUUAUCGACACAUCUGUUGCAUGGGAGCUCAAGUUUGUGUGGGUUCCUUGGCUCCCCUUCAGCACGGUUCCACUCUUACUAAGAUGCUUGGUUGUAAUUCCCUCAUCGUUGUAUUCUCAAAUUGUUCUCCUAUGACACUAGCUUAGAAUGUUUUCAUAUCUUCUUCCUACAGCUGAGCUCUUGAUCACAUCUUGUUGCUUUCGAUCUCCUCCAUCUGUUCCACAGAUUCAUCCUGCUCAGUACUAUCAGUCCAACUGUUCAACAGAUUCAUCCUGCCUACUACUGUCAGUCAUCUUACUAAAACAUCUUUUAGGAUUGUGUUAUUUUCCUGCUUAGACACCUCCAGUGGCCAUCAAUUUACCACUCAGUGGAUUCUAAGCUCCUGCCAGGGCAUUAACUGUUUUACCUAGUUCGGCACUAACGGCCAUAUUUUCCAGAACUGUGCUAGAAAACACUUCUACUGCUCUGUAUCUGGGCUGUUCAGUUUUUUCUUAACACGUUGCAUAGUUUGCUUAUGCUUUUGCCUCAUUUCUGUCUCCUGAACUGUUUUGAAAAUGUGGCCACUUCUUACAUUAUGCUUUACUGAUUAUUCUAGGCAAAAGUGACCCCCUCUUUCUUCCUCUUCACUCUUACUGCUCUUAUUUUGUACUAGUCAUUUUAUUUAUUCAAUAAUCAUUAUUGAUUGUGCGCCUACUAUGUGCUUGAGUUUGUUCUAAUUGUGAGAUAAUCAGUGAAUAAGGCAGACAGCGUUCUUGCUUUCAUAGAGCAAACAUUCUAGUUGGGGUAGGUGUAUAGUAAAUAGUGAAGUAAAAUGAUUAAAUAGAAAUGAUAUGCAGAAAAUUAAAUAAGAUUUUAUGAAAAAUAGUGACUUGCUGGUUUCUUCCGAUUAUUGGUCAAGGAAGAUCUCUUUAAGGAUAUUAUUGAAGAGGAAUUUACUUAAUCAACAGGAACAGUUGGCAUAAAGGAACUGAAGAAGGCCAGUGUAGCUGGAGUAUAGUGGAUAAUGGGGAAAGGGUACAGGUUAAAUUUAGAAAACAGAGUUCAGAAUCUUAGAAGUCUUUGGAAGCCAGGGUAUGUAAUUUGGAUUUUAUUAUAAAUGUGAUUAGAGGGUUUAAAUAGGGUUGUGAUAUGAUUUAAUUUUCCUUUUUAAAUCAUCAUUCUGGCUACUAUGUGGAAAAUUGACUAUGGUGGACUAGUAAUAGAAGCAGAGAUUAGAGGCCUUCACAGUGUAUAAGAAUUUCUGGAAUGGACGUAUUAAAAUAGAGGUGAUGAACGGGCAGUAGGGAUAAUCAGAGAGCCAGAUGCUUAAAGGUGAUGCAACUUUUGGUGAUGAGAAAAUCAAAGCUAAGACCGAGACAAAGUGGAAGGUUUGAGGUUGAGAUUAAGGAACUGAGGGACUGUGAUGUUAAAUGGAUCAUCCAUAUGGAUGGUCAUGGAGGUCAUGCUGGAUAGUAUAUUUUAAGCUAGGUAUUAAAGUCAUUAGUGAGCGAAGAAGAAUUGUCCUGGGACCAGAGAGGGUGGCAGCAAAUAGUACAGCCCGAUGGCAUGUACUUCAAAGGGAAUGGGAUUUGAGGAGGUAGAGGAGGAAGAAGUGGUUUGGAAGGAGCAGUGGCAAACAUGGAAAAUAUUUACAACCUGCAGGUCCCCAGGCAUUGUUCAAGAAUGGAAGAGGAUACAGAUUUCAGAAUCAGAUUUAGUUCUUUGUGUUUCAUAACUGAUCAUGUUGGUUUUUGUGGCACCAUAAAAAGCUCACCAAGUGACUUCAUUGUUAUUGAGAUUGACGAACAGGGAGAGUUAGUUAAUAAAGAGAGUGACAAACUUGUUAACAAGGUUAGUAAAGUACUGCCUGAGCCAAAUACUUUGGCUAAAAAAGCAAAACUAGAUCUUCAGAUUUUAUCUUUUGAAGAGACAAGCAAUCAAGAAGUCAGUACUUGGGCUGGGAGCUCCAGUGAUGACCACAAUUUUGUGCCUUGUUCAGAAAAGGAAGAUACUAUCAAAGAUAGAACUUACAAAGGUGAAGAAGAAAAUGUUGAUGUAUUAGGCUCCUUGUUAGAUGAAAAAACUAAUGAAUUACUGAAUCAGUUUGCCUGUGAUAUAAAAGAGAAGUGGGACUCUAAAACUGAGCUACUUGGACCAUCUCCUGAAUUCUUAUUAGGCAGAAUCCUUGAUAAGAACCAGAGGGCUGCCUUGCAUAGUGCUGUUAGGCAGAAAUUUCCUUUUUUAAUAACUGUAGGAAAAAACAGUGAAAUUGUUGUAAGACCAAAUCUUGAGUAUAAAGAACUUUGUCACUUGGUAUCUGAAGAGGAAGCAUUUGACUUUUUUAAAUAUUUGGAUGCAAAGAAAGAAAAUUCCAAAUUUACCUUUAAACCUGAUACGAACAAAGAACACAGAAAAGCUGUCCACCAUUUUGUCAACAAGAAGUUUGGAAAUCUUGUGGAAACCAAAUCCUUUCCUGAACUGAAUGACAGUGCUGAUAAUCCAAAUGUAGUGAUAACUGUAAGAUUUCGGGUCAAGGCACACAAGCACUGGAAGAGGUCUCUUCUUGAAUGCCAGGGAAGAAAAGACAUAUACACAGCUUUUACCCUACGAAAAGAAAAUCUAGAAAUGUUUGAAGCAGUUGGUUUUUUAGCUGUCAAACUUGGUGUGAUUCCUUCGGAUUUUAGUUAUGCAGGACUUAAAGACAAGAAAGCCAUCACUUAUCAAGCGAUGGUGGUUAGAAAAGUGACACCAGAGAGGUUGAAAAAUAUUGAAAAAGAAGUUGAAAAGAAAAGAAUGAAUGUGUUUAACAUUCGGUCUGUAGAGGAUUCCCUUAGACUUGGUCAGCUCAAAGGAAAUCACUUUGAUAUUGUCAUCAGAAAUUUAAAAAAUCAAAUAAAUGAUUCUGCAAACCUGAGAGAGAGAAUUUUGGAGGCAAUAGAAAAUGUUAAGAAUAAAGGGUUUGUGAAUUACUAUGGACCACAGAGAUUUGGGAUGGGAAGGAAAGUUCACACAGACCAAAUUGGAUUGGCUUUGCUGAAGAGUGAAACGGUGAAGGCUGUAAAAUUGUUUUUUACGCCAGAAGAUUUGGAUGAUCCUGUAAAUAGAGCAAAGAAAUAUUUUCUUCAGACUGAGGAUGCUAAAGGCACAAUUUCCAUGAUGCCCGAAUUCAAAGUUCGGGAGAGAGCCCUGUUAGAGUCACUGCAUCGCUUUGGCGUGACAGAGGAGGGCUGCAUCCAGGCGUGGUUCUCCUUCCCCCAUUCUAUGCGCAUAUUCUACGUUCAUGCAUACAGCAGCAAAAUCUGGAAUGAGGCAGUAUCUUACAGACUUGCAACUUAUGGCUCAAGAGUUGUGGAGGGUGACUUGGUCUGUUUGGAUGAAGAUGUUGACAAUGAGCAAUUACCAAGUAGUAAAGUUCAUCUGGUAACCAAAGAAGAGGAAUCAGCUAACAUAUAUACAAUACAUCAGGUGGUUCUUCCAGUGCUUGGAUACAAUAUUCAGUACCCUAAAAAUAAAGUGGGGCAGUGGUACCAGGAAGUACUCAGCAGAGAUGGACUACAGACAUGUAAAUUUAAAAUACCUACCCUGAAACUGAAUAUUCCAGGAUGCUAUAGAAAGAUUUUGAAACAUCCCUGUAAUCUCUCAUACCAGCUGAUGGAAGACCAUAGUAUUGAUGUCAAGAAGGAAGGUUCCCACAUUGAUGAAGCAACUUUAUCUCUUUUGAUCUCUUUUGAUCUUGACGCUUCGUGUUAUGCUACAGUUUGUCUGAGGGAAAUAAUGAAGCAUGACUUUUAAAAAUGAUACCCUUGAUAUAAUCAUGUAUGUGCCACUUUUUAAAGGAAAGUGAAAAGGGAACUAAAAUUUCUUGAGUGUCUACCAUGUGCUAGGAGCUUUAUAAUUGUUAUCUCCUUUAAUUAUACACCAUCCCAAUGAAGUAGGAAUUUGAUACUUAUAUUGAAGAGGACCUACAGCCAGUAAGUGGCAAAAUCUGAACUUAAGACUCCAAAGCCUUUGUUUUUUCUAUUAUCUAAUGUCUCGAUGACCUUUAUUCUGUGCUGUAAAAGUAAAAAUCUUUCUGGACUAUUAGGAGCAUACUGCAAGAUAACAUUAAAGAAGGUGACAUUAAAGAAAAACUUUUGGAGUAAUGUUUAUAUCCUCAGGCUACUUGCUUAAAAUGUUGAUGAAACUAGGUUGUAAUGAAAACAUAUGGUUGAAGAGAAAGAUAAAAGAAGCAUUUUGUUAAUUAGUGCCAUUCUUCGCUAUUUUUGAAAUUAUUGAUCAGAACAGUACUUCAGGAAAAUAUUAUCCCUCUAUUUAUUAAUAUGAUAUCCCAGGGGUAAAAAAUUACCCCUUUAUGAAAUAAAUGAUCUUUGAUGAACAUUGAAA